UUACAUGACAGAGUGUACAGUGAGUGUGAGAGGAAGGGAGGAGAGAGGGACGGGGAAAGGAGGAGGGAUGGGGAAGGCCGGCUCCCUCUCUGUGCCACUGUAGCUGGAGGCUGCCAGGGAGGAGAGGACGCGCUGUUUAGUACAUUAGACAGCUCAGAGUGCACACAAAGGAUCACCUCCUCCUCCAGGGCAGGAGACAUGGCCUCUAUGGCGGCAGCAAUAGCCGCAGCCCGGGUGGCUACCUCUGGCAACCGACCCCUGGACGAGAAAGAGAGGAAUCGCUUUGCUUAUUUCUCCUCACUCAACUCCAUGGCCAAAAAGAUCAUGCAGGACAAGGAGCGAAUCCGGGAGCGCUACGGUGCCCAGUGGGAGAAGAUGCAGCCCAAAGAGCAGGACGAAGCCAUCGAUCAGAAUUUUGUGGACCCGGAGCUCCAAAAGCGGUAUACCCUGCACAGGGGACCCGCUGAGCCCCAGCCAGUCUCCUGCUACCCGGUGCUGAAGACACAGACUGGCCAGAAGGUGGUGCACUUCCGGGAGGAGGACAUAACUUGGCAAGAUGAACACUCUGCACCAUUUUCCUGGGAAACUAAAGGCAGUCUUAAUUCGGUAAAAUGUCUUCCCUGUCAUCAAUUCAGAUGUGCAAACCUCUGCCAAAAAGAGAGUCAGAUGGAAUUCAGUAUUUCCUCUUUACCUGCUCAAGACUCAACAAGUUGUCCUGCACAGAGUGAGCAGAAACAAACCCCCAAAUCUUUCAAUCAAAGCAACCAAAGUAAGACUAACCUUGUUAGUGCCCCAACCAAGCCCACAGCAGGAACGAGGGCAACCAGCUGUGAGAGCUCAACACCAGUCAGAAAAGAAGAGGAGUCAGCCUUUUGGAAAAUAAGCAUGGAGCGGUCUAGGGUUGAAGGCUCCCAAUCAGAAUUUCAGUCGUUAACGCCAAGCCAAAUAAAGUCUUUAGAAAAGGGAGAAAAGCCACUUCCAGUCUAUAAUAGACAAGACUCAUUCCAGAAGGAGAAGGAGGUAUUAGCAAAGCCAGACAAACCUGAGAAGCCUGCAGCAGUGCCCGAAAAGCCAGCUGUAGUUACCAAACAGCCGAAGACCGUGAAUCCAGGCAUUGUCUCGCCACCUUUGAAGAAUUCUAGACCAAGCCAGUCUUCUGUCAGCACUGUUGAUGAUGUUUUUCUCCCAGAACCACCAGCACCAGUACAGCCAGUACAACCAGUGACAAAAACCAGCUUAGAACCAGGCAAUGAAGAGGCUUUGUCAACAGGACCUCAGCUGUUCUCGCAGAUAAACACUAGCAGUGUGCUCUUGAAGACUGGAUUUGAUUUUCUUGACAACUGGUAACAAGAAUCUACAUUGGCGUCCAGAUCUGUUGGAGAAGUGCAAAUUGUUUUCUUUAUGAGUUGGUUUUGAGCUAGGUUUGAUGUAAACUGCAAACUCCUGCCUUCAUAGACAGCUUUUCGUAUAAGUAUAUGUAUCAUUUUAUAUACUAUAGUGAUGUAUUUGUUAGUUGAACUCUUAUGUAUUGUAUUGGUUAUGUUACGCUUUUUUUUUUUUUCUUCUUUUUUUUAAAAGGUGCCUUAACUAUUUACAUGCUAAAAUACCCUUUUUCCAGCAAUGUGUAAGAAAUAGUUUUUGAACUUUCUGGCAUUUUACUAUAAGUCAUGAAGAGACACUAAAAACAAAAGCAAAAUGCCUAUUACAGCAGACGCUUGGUACCUGGUAUUAUUAGAAUUGGACUUGUUUUGUGUGGUGUGUGACUUAAGCCAUCCCAUAUCUGAUUGGAAAAUUGCAUUAAGCCAGGUGGCUCUUUUUAACAGCAUCCCAGCCAGAUAACUAGGUUCAUCCUUGUUAGGCAUCCUUUAAAAGGCAAAUGUUACAUACAAAAAAAAAGUUAUUUAAAGACUAAUACUUCAAAAAGUUAAUAUAAAAUGUAAUGUACUGGUACAAAAGAAAAACAAAACAUUAAAAACCGUGGGUAAAAAACCCUUAAAAUAAUUUCUCCUCUUACAUAUGUCAGGGCAAAAAAAAAAAAACACCACUUUUUAAAGCUGCAAUCAUUUACAAGGCAAAGCCAGGUCGGUUUUGCCUUGUAAAUAAUUGCUACUUUAAAAAUACGGGCAGACUUGCAGGAAUUCCCAAACAGCCUGCAUCUCACAAGCUAUCACAUUAUACCCUUAGUAUUUAGAGCAGCGCUUUUUGUAUAGCUGUCUUAUACUAGGGUGCUUCAAUAUAUAAAGCAACAAGACCUCUCAUUAUGUAAAUCUAUUUAACUUGUACAUAUAAAGAUGGAGCCGCGCUCAUCUGAUGCGGCUCCAUCGCAUAGCAACGUUCCCGGCAUGACUAGGCAAUCCAUCCACCUAGUCACACCGGGAGCGCAAAGACGCUCCCAUUCAAGUGAAUGGGGCGCGUGCGAGUCAUGGACACGUGCGCGCCCGGGAAAGCAUGCCCAGGCACAGAUGGAGCCACGAUUAGCGUGGCUCCAUCUGUACAUUUUAUCAACUGUAUGACCUUAGUACAGAUUAUUUUUCCACAAAAACUUGUUUAAGCAUUUGUUCCAAUGGUUAAACAAGGCAUCAACCUGGCAUAGAAGAAAUCGGUGUCAGACAACUGAAACCAGGACAUAACAGCUUGCCGUUGGUUGCGAAACGCCUUCCACCCAGGUGCUUCUUCAAUGGUCAAAAUCACUCUGUGCCAGGUCAGGACUGUAGGGAGGAUGGUCUAGUACCCACGCCUGUUUCUAUGACAUGAUGUGAUCACCUUACACCUCGACAAGUUGGCGAUAAUUUUCAGCUGCUCAUGUAUCCUUUAUACACAGAAAUGUUAUGACACUACACACCUCAAUGUUUGACUAUGUUUCCGUCAACCCCGCCAUCUUGUAUGACUGAUGUGAUGACCAGUCUAAUGGCAGUGAGGGGAAGCAGUGGUCUACUUGCUCUGACCUGGCGGGAAAUUAGAAUUAAAUCGAGAACAUUACACAUGAGAGGUCUUGUUACCGUACUUAUUGAAUCACCCUUGUAUAUAUAGAUUAACCGUGAGACAGAAUGGUGAUAACAUUAAGGCCUGACUAUGUUUAUAGAUCUGCCAUAUGGUAAUAGAAUCAUAAAAUGAAUACUUAAGUUUACACUGCCCAUUGAGAUGAAUAGAUCCAGCUGGUUACUGUAACCUAAAAUGUUACUGUAAGGUCUGAACUACAUAAGUGAUUUUAAGUAGCUUCAUUGCAGGCCAUUAACUUGUUACCUAUGGCCUUGUUAUUGAACAACUAUCUCCUUUUGUGUAGCGUGGGAAUUUAAUAGAAAGGGCUGAGCAAUUAAUCCCUCACUGCAAAUUUCUGCGGGCAAGAAAUGCCAUUUGACCCAUGUAAUAAGAUUUCAUAGACAUCAAUCUCAGGUGAUUAAUCACACAAAGUAGCACAACAUCUUGAGAUUUGAUUGCAGAGAUAGAUUUAAAAUCUCUUGUGUAGUUUUCUCCUUUGUACUUUUAGAAAACUAUGGUGGAAUUCUUUUAUUUAACAUUAUUUAUUUAUUCUUUUUGAGCCCACAUUGUAUAGUGGCAAGACAUGAAUCUUCCAUCUUUAAUGUAUUGGACAAUGAGCAUUAAAGUGAAAUUUCAUUCUGUUA